AUGGCCCUCCAAUACAUUAGUGAUGUCGCGUCGAAAGCGAACCCGUGGAGCUCCAAGCCGGUGCUGACCGAGGAAGACGAGGCCUUUUUGCAGAGAGUUACAUCCAAUCCUGACGAUAGCCAUUUGUUAGAUGAAGCUAGGUCAUUAGGAAAAGAUGCCCAGGUUGCCUUGAUGGAUGGUGCCCAGGAAAUUCCGUUGCCGAUGUCUCCGAUAGAGGAUAAUGAGAAGGAACCGUUUGAGAAAAAGCUGGAGACUGAGGAAAAGAAGGUUGAAGAGACAGAGAGUUUUGCCACAGGUACUAAGAAGAAAAGUCGACCCUGGAGCAUUUGGAUGAGGAAAGGAAGUGCGGAUAAUAAUACAAAAAAGGACUCUACCAAAGGGAAAGAGCCAUUCAAGUCCGACGCAGACGAGAUAGCAACUAAGCCCACGGCUAGUGAUGGCGAAACAAUAACGGACAAGGAGCAAAAGGAAGAGCAAGAAGACCUAGCCACAAUUCUGGAGCGACUCAAUCUAGCCGCGGAUAACAACAAAGCCGUUUCUAUCAGCGAUGAGACGCAGCAGUUACUACAGAAGUUCAAGUUGAUUUUCAAAGAUCUUGUGACGGGGGUCCCUACAGCGUAUCGUGAUCUGGAAAUGCUCUUGACAAAUGGAGACAAGCAACUUAAGGAUGCAUUCGGGCACCUCCCGGGAUUCUUGCAAAAGCUCGUUCAACAGCUCCCAGAUAAAUUUACUGAAAACUUGGCACCGGAGCUAAUGGCUGCCGCUGGCGAAAAGGCUACACAGAGUGGUAUAAAUAUGGAGAAUGCAGGUAAAGCUGCUGCUGCUGCCCAGAAAAUGGGAUUCAAGGCACCAAGCUUGAAGGAACUUGUUGGCAAGCCGACUGCCCUCGUGGGAAUGCUACGGUCUAUUAUAGCUUUCCUUCGAGCUCGUUUCCCUGCAGUUCUAGGAAUGAAUGUGCUCUGGUCUGUAGCUUUGUUCAUCAUUCUUCUCGUGCUCUGGUACUGUCAUAAACGGGGAAAAGAGGUUCGAUUGGAAAACGAGCGCCUCGUGACCGAAGCCGAGGUCUCUAAAAUGAAUGAAGAAUAUGAGCAAAACAUUCGCCCAACAGAAACACUAAGCACGACUGCGGCAAGGGAUGCUUCGAUAUCGGACGUCCGUGAUGGCAUUGAGCAAGUCCAGAAGGCACGAGAAGAGGCACUCAUGGCUGGCUCGAGUACAAAGUUGGACAGCAGUAGUCAGACUUCAGCAGUACCGACCACUAAUAAUGCAACCACGUCGUCACCCAUAUCCAAUAGUGCUACUACUGGAAGAAGGAACUCGAAUAGGGGUCGUUUGUCAAUAUUCCGGACAUUCUCUAAGAGAACGAAGCCUGGAGAUAGCACAAUCCGUCCAUAUCCAGGCACCUAA